AAGAGGUGCGUUCCGAAGCAAAGAGAGCCGGCCCCUGGUCGCCCAGGCAUGGACCGCAGCGCAGAGUUCGGCCGAUGGAAGGCGCAGAGCCUGAGCAAGGCGGACCUCAGCCGGAAAGGCAGCGUGGACGAGGAUGCGGUGCAGGUUGUGGAGCUCCUGAAUUCGCGUGAGGAGUUUUUCACCACCAGCUCCUGCGCAGGCCGCAUCCUCCUCCUGGACGGGAGCAUAAACGGUUCUGGGGUUCAGAAGCAGCACUGUUCCUGGCUACUGGUCACACAUAAACCUUGUGUGAAAGAUGAUGUGAUGGCAGCUCUGAAGGGCACGGCCAGCGAUGCUGUUCUGAAGUUUGAACCAUUCAUUCUCCAUGUGCAGUGCCGCACACUACAGGAUGCACAGACCCUGCAUUCGGUGGCAGUUGAUUCUGGCUUCAGGAACUCUGGCAUCACCGUGGGAAAGCGAGGGAAGACCAUGCUGGCUGUCCGGAGUACACAUGGACUUGAAGUUCCGUUAAGCCAUAAGGGAAAACUGAUGGUGACAGAGGAGUAUAUCGAGUUCCUGUUAACUAUAGCAAAUAAGAAAAUGGAGGAAAACAAGAAAAGAAUUGGGAGGUUUUAUAACUGCCUACAACAUGCUAUGGAAAGAGAAACUAUUUCAAACUCGCAUUCCAAGAUCAAAGAGAAGAAAAACCCAUGUUGUACGCGUAAGAAAGGGAAUCAGGGAAAAGCACACAACCUGCCUGUUACCAAAGACAAUGAAAAGGAACUUGAAGGUGGCGAUGGCCUUGAACUCAGGCUCUUCUUGGGAGAUGACUGAGGCCUGGCACAGUUCCGUCCCUGGCACACCCUGUGAGGCUGCUCUUCAUAAGAGCGUCAACCUUGCAGGAGGCAAGAGCCAGCUUCCCUCUGUUUUUGAGAGACUUAAGUGUAAACAGCCUUUCAAGGUG